AUGAGAUCACUCAGUACCUGGGAUCAAUCAAGUGGAAAUAAUGAAUACCAUGCGAAUGAAUCGAAUAAUCAGACAGAGCCGAUCUAUAAUUCAUCGAUAAAUGCAGUAGCUUCACUGCUGCAUCAACUAGAAACACAAGAAAUUAUACCACCAGAAGAGCUAAUAGAUUCAAUAGCUUCUGUUUCAACUUCAGAAAAUAACAACUAUAUUGAAGAGGGAAUAUAUCAACAGGAAGAUGAAGACGGAGACGAAAUGUACACGGGCGGAGAUUCAUUUUCUGGUGCAGAUCAGCCCACAUUAGAGCAAAUACAAAGGGUAUACUAUACAAAAGGGUUGCAAAUGCUAGAUAGUUUGCAGCUUAUUGAUUUAUCACCGUUAGCCAAUUGGAAGCUAUCAUCGUCCAAACAAGAAUUUAGUUUAAGUCAAUUGCGGGACGAUUCGUCUGAUAGUUAUUGGCAAUCUGAUGGGAGUAAUGGAAGCAAUAAUAUAAAUGCUACAAAUGGUAACGCCAUAACAAAUAACCAACUUGCAAAUCCACAUUCGAUCACUAUACAAUUUUCGAAAAAAGUAUCAUUGGAGAGAAUAUCAAUAUUUACAAAUUUCUCAGCGGAUGAAUCGUAUACACCUUCCAAGAUUAGAAUACUAGCAGGAACGUCCGACGAUUGGGAUUUGAGUGAGGUUUGCACUGUUAAUUUCAAUAAACCAAUUGGCUGGUCACAUAUCAUCUUUAAUGCCAUCAGGGAUGAUGGAGUACUAAAAUGUUUUACUGUCAAACUCGUAAUUCUCGCAAACCAUCAAGAUGGUAAAGAUACACGUAUAAGAGCAGUUAGAUGUUUCGGUAAAAAAUCUACGGCGGUCAAGCCUCCGGUGAAAGAUGUUGCUCCUCCUAGCUUAGUAGGUGACAUACUAAAGGAUCUCAAUCUUACCAGUGGGUUUAGCAAUGCUUCUGGAUUACUGUUAAAUAAUCAAAUAGUCCAAAAUUUAAGUGAUAACCCAAUAUCAUUUACGCAUAAAAGUUCAAUUGAUUUAAUCGAUGAUGGGGAUGAUGAUAUCCGUGAUGAUGAUUCAGAUAAAGAGACCAACAAGAUUUUGAAUAAUGUCUCUGAGGUUAUAGGGUUCAAUUCGGGGUUUCAGAGUGUGGAGUUAUCUAGUAUUUCAUCAAUACGCUGA